AUGCACUCCAUAUCUCAUAUGUCUCAGACACUGUUUUCGGCCCAGGCUCAAGUGUCUGGUCUGAGAUGUAGCGUAGUCAGCAUGAAAUUAAAACGAACUCAGACCAUUAACCUCGCUCUGCAAAGAGAAGCCGGUACCACCCCCUUUGAAAAUGCGCAGCUUUUAGGAGACGCUUGGAUCGAUCACAAAUACUUGAUUGAGCUGUCUAGAUCAGCAGCUAUCCCGCUCAUGCAGUUGGUCCGUGGAACUUCGGUAUACUUUGAGCCCAAGCCAGUAGUUGAAAAAAGCCAGGAGUAUCUUGAUCUCAUGUCCGAAUUGAGAUUAAGGCAACAGGAAAAAGAGUACCAGGAGUUAAUUGGCCGCAAUGAGGAGCAAACAGUAAUCAAACCUGGAACGAUUGAGGCUAAGGCUUUAAAAGAGGAAGUGACUACCAUUUUCAAUAUCACGAUCUCAGUCGUUGCAGUAGCCUGGGCCAUAUGGAAGUGGACACCAUACUGGUCAGUGCAAUCUAGAACUUUGGCGUGCCUUUUCGGCUCAAUUCUGAUUCUAGUAGCUGAAGUUGUUGUAUAUCUUGGAUAUCGAAGGCGCGUUAAUGAUGCUCGAAAUACUGCAAAGGUACUUAAAGAAAAGCGUAAGAUCAUCCAGACACUCCCAAUCGACCCAGUAGAGAGCAUAGAGGAGGAGGAGGUCUUGAAGACCGAAUCAAAAACAACGCAGGCAGACGUGCGAAGGCGGUACUGA